AUGGCGAUACGCAAUUUCAUCUCACGCCGUGGUAUGCCCAGCGUUAUCUUCAGCGAUAGAGGAACCAACUUUAUCGGAGCGUCUCGUCAGAUGAAGCAGGCAGCGGCUGCAGUGAACGUGGACGAAGUCAUGAAAGAGUUCAUCACUGUAGACACAACUUGGUCCUUUAACCCACCCCUCGCGCCACACAUGAGAGGUAGUUGGGAGAGACUAAUAGGCAGCGUAAAACGGAACCUUCAAACAAUCAACCCUCCUCGAAAUCCAACCGAUGAAGUGCUACGAAAUCUCAUGAUCGAAAUAGAGAACAUCAUUAACUCCAGACCACAACUCACGUCCCAGUGGAUGACGACUGUGCUCCUGCGUUAA